CCUCCACCUGAUGGCAGCAUCAGGCAGCCCCGUGAAACAUUUGCGUAGGAGUUCCCCUCAACGCCAUGUCGGGGUGGUGCAGCGCGCAGUGAGGAUCUCCUGAGCAGAGCUCUCUCUCUCCCACUCUGUCUCUCUGCCACCCCCUCCUAAUUCGUUCCCUCCAUCCUCCGCCACACGACAGCUUAGCACAGCACCCUCCUCAGCAGCAUCCACCCUAACUGGGUAGCAGUAGUCAUCCCCAGCGCAGGCAGUGAUACACUGAGGGACGUAUCCAAGUGAUGCCACUGCACCAACCAAAUCUCGCAACCGCGAAAACACACCGAGAAUAAACAGUCACUUCCGCAAGGAGGACUAAAAACGAGUUUGCCUCAAGAGCGCAACUGCCCAUGAAGAUGUCUAACGUUGACAUGGUCUUAAACGCCACGGAUCGGGUAGUAAAAACCGUGCCCUUCCCCCUGAGUCAUCGCCUCACGUUGAAGGAGGUCUUUGACAGUGAGGGGAAGCCCAGGGUGGACCUGCUCAAAGCCCACCUCACCAAGGAGGGCCGCGUGGAGGAGGCCGUGGCACUGCGCAUCGUCAAGGAGGGCGCCGCCAUCUUGCGCCAGGAGAAAACCAUGCUGGACAUAGAAGCACCAGUCACAGUGUGUGGGGACAUCCAUGGGCAGUUCUUUGACCUUAUGAAGCUGUUUGAGGUGGGUGGCUCGCCGGCCACGACGCGUUACCUCUUCCUGGGAGACUAUGUGGACCGGGGAUACUUCAGUAUAGAGUGUGUUUUGUACCUUUGGUCGCUGAAAAUCCUCUACCCAAAGACGCUAUAUUUACUGCGAGGAAACCAUGAAUGUAGACAUUUGACAGAAUACUUCACCUUCAAACAAGAAUGUAAAAUCAAGUACUCGGAGCAGGUGUAUGACUCAUGCAUGGACGCUUUUGACUGCCUUCCCCUGGCUGCCCUCAUGAACCAGCAGUUUCUGUGUGUCCAUGGAGGACUCUCACCAGAAAUACACAACUUAGAUGACAUAAAGAAGAUAGACCGGUUCAAGGAGCCUCCAGCGUUUGGGCCCAUGUGUGACCUACUGUGGUCUGACCCUCUGGAGGACUUUGGCAACGAGAAAACCCAGGAGUACUUCAGCCACAACACAGUCCGAGGCUGCUCCUACUUCUACAGUUAUCCAGCUGUAUGUGAGUUCCUACAGAACAAUAACUUAUUAUCAGUCAUCCGAGCACAUGAAGCACAAGAUGCUGGCUACCGGAUGUACCGGAAGAGCCAAACCACCGGCUUCCCCUCCCUAAUCACCAUCUUCUCAGCGCCAAACUACCUUGAUGUUUACAACAACAAAGCUGCAGUCCUGAAGUAUGAGAACAACGUGAUGAACAUCCGGCAGUUCAACUGCUCCCCUCAUCCCUACUGGCUGCCCAACUUCAUGGACGUGUUCACCUGGUCCCUGCCCUUUGUGGGGGAGAAAGUCACAGAGAUGCUGGUGAAUGUGUUGAGCAUCUGCUCUGACGACGAGCUCAUGAAUGACGGAGACGACCAAGAGAUCCUUGAUGCCAACGCAGCUGCAGCUCGGAAGGAGGUCAUCAGGAACAAGAUCCGCGCCAUCGGGAAAAUGGCCACGAUGUUCAAAGUGCUUCGGGAGGAGAGUGAGAACGUGUUGACGCUGAAGGGCCUGACGCCUACUGGCAUGCUGCCCAGUGGGGUGCUCUCUGGGGGAAAACAGACCCUGCAGAGUGCCACCACCGAGGCCAUCGAAGCCAUCGACACAGAAACUGAGGACGGAGAAGCCAUCCGUGGGUUCUCUCCCCAGCAUAAGAUCGCCAGCUUCGAAGAAGCUAAGGGGCUAGACCGUAUCAACGAGCGCAUGCCACCCCGCAGAGUCGGGGUCAACCACGUGGGACAGUCCAUGGGCAAGAUGAACAUGUCCGAGGCCAACGGCACGGAAGACAGUGACAAUGACAAUGACAACAGCAACGUCCAGUGAUGCCGAGGCCCGCCCCAGAGCUCAUGCUACUGCUGCGCUGUGCGACAAGAUAUCGCCAAAUCGUGAUAUCAGGCCUCCGAAUAAAGAUACAACAAAACACAGACACAACACAUCUGCAUCUACCGCUGCUGCUCCUACAUCCAAUUAGAGAAAUGAAUCAAAUGUUAAGUCUCUUGUACAAAUGGGUAAGGUGGUAUAUUUUUUGACGCCAGGUCACCACAUGGAGGGGGAACUGAGCUUAGAAGGGGAGGUUUUCCCGCUCUUUGGUCUGUGGAUUGGGAGGGGGUAGUGGGGUCAGAGAUUAGGGAAGGGACAUGGAGGAGGCGAGCGGGGCGGGAUGGAACUUGUUGGGAUGAGGUCAAGGGGGUGUGGUCCUGUGGGUGUGUCUGCCGGUCCCUUUCUCAGUCCAAUCACAGACCGAGUAGGCAGGGUUUAGAGUCCCGAACUCUCUCCCAUGUCCGCUACAUCCUCAAAGGGUCUGAUACGAGACCCAUGCCACACACACAUUUGACUAUUUUUGAUUAAGUUUCACUCAUGAACUCAUCUCAAACAGAAAUAAUCUCGCUACUCAACAUGUUUUGCUACUAGUAGUAAUAAAAACAAAUCCAAAAAGAGAAUGUUAUUUGUAAGAAAGGGCAUUUGAGAAGAAAAAAUAUGUACAUUUUACUACUUGCAAUGCAAUCUUACCGGAGAACUUUUAUUUCUUGAUUUAUUUUGAGGUAAGGCGCCAUGAGCCUGCAGAGGGUAGGGGUGGAACGUGGGCUUGACUGUGGCCUCUCCACCAACCAAAGCCACAGUCUUUCAUGUUUAGGGGCUGCAGUUCCAGCUACCUUCCACCUACCUUCUACCUGAUUGUUUUUCACUUGCCUGUAACUAAAGAGAGAGAAUGCACACGGUAUGUCAAAUCUGCUGUCGCAGUAAAAAAAAAAAAAUCUUAUAUCUAUAUAUAUAUAUAUAAUUAAUUAUAAAGAUGGACAAUAACAAAGACAAUGAUUUUUAACAGCAUCUACGUUAUGGAACGCAUCAAUGCAUGCAAUUAAGUUCCUUAUUGAUAUGUACAAUUUUUAUUGUGAUGUUUCAAUAGAGUAGACUUGAAUUCUUUCCCUCUUCAAAGAUAUUUUGUUUUUUUUACAUAUCAUUUUUCAUUCUUGCUUCCUUUGAUUUGUUUUUGUACAUUUUUUUUCAUCAAUAUUAUUUUACAUUUUAUUACGGUUUUGUAUUUUUAUAUUGUUUCGCUCUACAGACACAGAUGCUCUCUUUAAGGUGUGAAGCCUUGUUUUUUUCUGUUCUGUUGGUGUACAGAAGUUAUUCAAUCGUUUGAAUGAACAUAUUACUCCGUGAUAAGCAACAUUCAGGCUACCAAAGCAUGCUCGCAUGGUUUGUUCAAAUGUAAACAAAUUGGACAUAAUGAAAAUCCUGUGUCUCUCUUUCUUUUAAAAGGAAAAAAUAUAUAUUCUCAUUAGGUUCUUGAUGAUAUUCCUAUGAUUCUAACGAUUUAAGCUUACAGUCCCCCCUUCCACUGUUUUCUGAUCCUUGAUUGGUCUAGACAUGGUUUAUUUCGAAGAAGGAAUUUCAUGGAUUUUAACUUGUGACAAUUUUUCUUGUAAUUUUCUGUGAAACUAAUUUUUGGCAUUUGAAUUCCUAAAUGAUACACAUGGUAAGCAUGCCCUAUGGGACAAAUCACAUUUUUUACUCUUGAAUAAAAUAUGCAUGAAUCAGUA